GUCCGCUGUACCGCUGGGGGCCAGCGCGGGAGGACCCAGGAGUCUGUGCCAGAGAGCGAGAUACCGAGCCGUGCGGAGGGAGAACGCGGAAUAUCCCGGAGCCCGGCAUUAACAUACCCUGCGCACUGGAUGGAGCAGAUCCUGAGUACCAGCCCGGCUAAACUAACCCUGGAUCCUGCACACCAACCAGAGCUGUCUCUGAGCCCCAGGCUAGCUGAGUUGACCCUGGAUUCCACAUACCAUUGAGAGAUGAACCUCAGUCCUGGCCCAGCUGAGCUUACCCUGGAUCCUGAACGCCAGGCAAAGGAGAUCCCAGCCCCCAACCUGGCCGAGUUGACCCUGGAGCCUGUGCACUGCCGACCUGAGCUCUUGGAUGCUUGUGCUGACCUCAUCAAUGACCAGUGGCCCCGCAGCCGUGCCUCCCGCCUACACUCUCUGGGCCAGUCCUCAGAUGCCUUCCCCCUCUGCUUGAUGCUCCUGAGUUCCCACCCCACACCUGAAGCAGCCCCCAUUGUGGUGGGCCAUGCCCGCUUAUCACGGGUACUGGACCGGCCUCAGAGCCUCUUAGUAGAGACAGUAGUGGUAGCCCGGGCGCUGAGGGGCCGUGGCUUUGGCCGCCGCCUCAUGGAGGGUCUGGAGGUCUUUGCUCGGGCCCGGGGCUUCCGCCGGCUGCAUCUCACUACUCAUGACCAGCUGCACUUCUACACCCACCUGGGCUACCAGCUGGGUGAGCCUGUGCAGGGCUUGGUCUUCACCAGCCAACGAUUGCCCACUACCCUGCUCCGUGCCUUCCCUAAGGCCCCCUGUCCCCGGCCACCCUGCAAGGCCCCUAGCUUCACUGCCCAACCUGCCACAAAGGAUCACAAAGGACCCCCAUUGCCACCACCUCCUCCCCUACCCCUGCUCCUGACCACCUCCCCCCCACCUCCCCUGGGGCCCCUUCCACAAAGCCUGCUAGAGACACAAUUCCAGGACCUGAGGGGAUGCCCCAUAUUCUGGAUGGAGAAAGACAUCUGAGGGCCACUGAGGGCAAGACAUUGUACUUCUGGGUUAUUGGACUGCCCAAGACAGUACCAACCUCAGCCUACUGGCCAUACCUCACCCCUAGCCCCUGGGAGCAGCCUUAGCCUGGGCAUGUUUCCUGUGUACCAGUGGGGCCAGAGGUGGCUUCAUAGCUCUGGCUCAGAGCCUUCAGUGUGGCUGAAUAAAGGCUUCCAUUGGGUGUGGCUGUGACAAUUUAUUUGUUGACCUCCACCCUCACUUCUUAGGUCCCCUAUCCCUACAGAAGUCCCUAGAUCCAACUUGGCCCUGAAGCCACCAAUGGGGUGAUACCUGUGCUUUGCCCUUCCUGCCAAGCCUGGGAGACAGUGAUGGUUCUCUUCCCUUUUCACUUAUUACCAUUCACCAAGCACCUACUGUAUAUUAGGUCCUGAAGUGGAUAACGAUGGUAAAUUACACAGACAGGGUCUCCGCCUAAGAGGAUAGACAGGCCUACAAUGUCAGAAUUCAUACUGGGACAAGGAAAUAAUGAAACUUCAGGAGCUAAGUGCCCUCACUCCCACUGGGGAUCCAGGAGACCUCCUAGGGAAGGUGGUGUCACAGCCAAGACCUGAACGCUAAGUAGGAAUUAAUCCAGGCAAGCAAGGAGGUGAGAACUGAGUGUUUUGGGGGCAGGGAACAUGAUGGGCAGAGGAAAGAGGGGACUUGUAACCACUGUGGUUGGUGGGGGUCUCAGAGGACAUGGUCCCUUGACAGAUGGAGAAUGCUGGAGGGGAGCUGCCCAGGCCGGCUGAGGGUUUGGCUGCUUUG